AUGGAUGCUUCAAGUGCUGAAAUUCCUUUCAAUGCCAUUGCACUUCCUGUGUUCAAUGGGGAAAACUAUCAAGAAGCUGUUGAGGAAGACUACCAAGUGCUUCCAUUAUCUGAAAAUCCUACAGUAGCUCAAAUGAAGAGUUUCAAAGAAAGGAAAGCAAGAAAGUCCAAAGCCAAAAACUGCUUGUUUGCUGCAGUUUCAUCCUCAAUUUUCACCAAAAUCAUGUCCUUGGAAACAGCCUUUGAUAUAUGGAAUUAUCUCAAGAAGGAGUACGAAGGAAAUCAGAAGAUCAAAGGAAUGCAAGUGCUGAACCUGGUUAGAGAAUUUGAGAUGCAAAGAAUGAAGGAAUCUGAAACUGUCAAAGAGUAUUCAGAUAGACUUCUCAAUAUUGUAAACAAGGUACGGUUAUUUGGUUCUGACUUUGAUGAUACAAGAAUAAUUCAAAAAAUUCUUGUUACCGUCCCUGAAAGAUUUGAAGCUACCAUCACUUCUUUGGAAAAUACCAAGGAUCUGUCAAAGAUUGGCUUGGCAGAAUUGAUACAUGCGUUGCAGGCUCAAGAACAGAGAAGGCUUCUGCGAAGUGAAGGUUUUGUUGAAGGAGCAUUGGCAGCAACGGUACAAAACAAGAAGGAAGGUUCAAGUUCAUCAAAAUCUGACUUUCCUCCUUGUAAGCACUGCAACAGAAAUUAA